AAUUGAAAAAUACCCUCUGUGAAAAUAACUGCCACUGGAGGAAAGUUAAGUGAAUUACACUGAUUGAAGUUCGAUAACGUGAAACGGAUAUCUAAUAUGUGACAAAAUCGGCGGUUCAUUUAGUAGAUCGUGGAAAUCUUGAGGUCUACGUGAAAAUUGCUCAUAUAUUUUAAAACAAUACAAUCACCCAGCAUACGCUCAAGUUCUAAGUGAACGGAAGAAGAGAGAUUCCUAAGUUAUUUUCGAAUAAAAGUAAAAGACUCAGUUUGCUUGACGGCACAAGCAAACCUGGCCCUGCUCCGAUAGUCAUCAGCUGAACACAAGCAACAAACAUGACUAACAAAGAUUUUCCUCAAUGUAACGGCUCGCAGACAUCGAUUUCAAUCAAUUACAAAAAUGGCAUCGCCAACGACGCCAUGUCCGUUUCCAGCCACAAGCCGGGCAAGGAUGUGCUGAGCAUAAAGUUCAACAAACCGCCCGAAAAGGUGACCCCCGGCAGCAGCAGCACUCCGGUAUCGUACUUCAAAUUGUUUCGAUUUGCCACAUGGGGAGAAAUAACUGCCACAAUUCUGGGCGUGAUAUUGGCCUCAUUUGCAUCGCUCGGGUUGCCCUAUGGAGUCAUCCUGUACGGAGAAUUCACCACCCUGCUGGUCGAUCGGACCAUUGCCAUCGGGAAAUCCACCGAUACGUCCAUCCUGUCGCUGUUCGGGGGCGGAAAGGUUUUAGUCAACGCAAGUUUGGAGGAAAAUCGGGCGGCCAUCCUGGACGAUGCCAAGGCAUUCGGGAUAGGGGUGAUCGUAGUGACGGUAGUGCAGUUCCUAGCGGCCUCGCUCAGCGUGGACGUCAUCAACCGAUCGGCGAACCGACAGAUCAGCCGAAUCCGACAGCUGUUCCUGAAGGCCGUCCUCCGGCAGGACAUGAGCUGGUACGAUCUGAACCGGGACGAUAGCUUCGCCGUCAGGAUUACGGAUGAUUUGGACAAACUGAAGGAAGGCAUCGGAGAGAAGCUGUCGAUCUUCACGUAUUUGGUCAUGUCCUUUACCAUAUCUGUGAUAUUCUCGUUCUUCUACGGGUGGAAGUUAACGCUUGUGAUCCUGAGCUGUGCCCCCAUCAUCAUCCUGGCGACGGCAUUUGUGGCUAAGAUGCAAAGCUCCCUAACGGAAAAGGAACUGAAAUCGUACUCAUCGGCAGGGGCCGUGGCGGAAGAAGUUUUGGGCGGCAUUCGAACGGUGGUUGCCUUCGGUGGGGAACGAAAGGAGUUCGACCGCUACAAGGAUCGACUGGCUCCGGCAGAAUACAACGGAGCUCGGAAGGGUCUAUUUUCCGGCAUCGGAGGAGGUGUCAUGUGGUUCAUCAUCUACUGCUGUUAUGCGCUGGCCUUCUGGUACGGAAUCAGCUUAAUUCUGGACGAUCGUGGAAAGGACGAAAAGGAUUACACUCCGGCGGUGUUGAUUAUUGUACUGUUUGGAGUAUUGGCGGGUGCUCAAAAUCUUGGUCUAUCAUCUCCUCAUCUGGAAGCGUUCUCCACCGCUAAAGGAUCGGCUGCUAGUAUUUUCUCGGUCAUCGAUCGGAUCCCGAUUAUUGACUCGCUCAGUGAUGAAGGGAAAAGGCCAAGUUCAAUCAAUGGACAAAUUCAGUUCACAGAUGUACACUUUCGAUAUCCGGCUCGAAAUGACGUUCAAGUCCUGCAGGGUCUUAAUCUCACGAUUGAUGCUGGAAAAACUGUUGCUCUGGUUGGACCAUCUGGUUGUGGCAAAUCUACCUGUCUCCAGUUGAUCCAGCGACUUUACGAUCCUCUUAGCGGAAGUGUAACAGUCGAUGGAAAUAAAAUUAGCGAACUGAACAUUAGUUGGUUGCGAUCAUACAUUGGAGUUGUUGGCCAAGAACCGGUCCUGUUUGCGGCUAGUAUUGCGGAAAACAUCAGCUACGGUAAUCCGGAAGCCUCUCAACAAGAAAUUGAAAAGGCUGCCAGGAUCGCCAAUUGCCAUACUUUUAUAACCCGACUACCCAACGGAUACCAUACGAUAAUCGGAGAACGAGGUGCUCAACUAUCCGGUGGUCAGAAGCAACGUAUUGCCAUUGCCCGUGCCUUGGUCCGCAAUCCCACAAUACUGCUGCUGGAUGAAGCCACCUCUGCCUUGGAUCCGAACUCCGAGAAACGUGUCCAGGAUGCGUUGGAACGUGCAAGUGUUGGACGAACUACUCUAGUCGUUUCUCAUCGACUUUCCACCAUCACCAAUGCCGAUAAAAUCGUGUACAUCGAGAAGGGUGUAGUCGUUGAACAGGGAACUCACGAUGAACUGAUGAUGAAGAAGGGUUUGUACUUUGACUUGGUACUGGCCAGCGGUGCUCGAAAAGAAGAAGAGGACUUCGAUGAAUCAACGGAUCCAAAACCCGAAUCGAUAAAGGUUGAGUCCGUUGCCGAUGAGGAUGAUUGCACCGAUGACGAAUCGGAUGGAUCCAAAUCUGCGGAAGUUGUUGAGGAGCAGAAAGAGGAAACCUAUCCGGUUUCGAUAUUCCGGCUGAUCAAGUUGAACUCUCCCGAGUGGCACUAUAUUCUGUUUGGCUGUGCUUCGGCUAUUGUCGUGGGCUCAUCGUUUCCGGCCUUUGCUAUCUUGUUCGGCGAGAUGUAUGGUAUCCUUUCGAUUGCCGAUCCGGACUACGUCCGUGAAGAGUCUAGCUUCUAUUCGAUUUUGUUCCUGAUUCUCGGCUUGGUCACUGGUCUGGGUACGUUCUUGCAAACCUAUCUGUUCAACAUUGCCGGUGUUCGAUUAACAACUCGACUGCGUCAGAAAACUUUCCGAGCGAUCAUCAAUCAAGAAAUGGCUUGGUUCGACGAUAGCAACAAUGGAGUGGGAGCACUCUGCGCCCGAUUAUCCGGUGAUUGUGCCAGUGUUCAGGGAGCUACCGGAACUCGAAUUGGAUCGCUUCUGCAGGCGGCCUCUACUAUUUGUAUCGGAAUCGGAGUUUCGUUCUAUUACUCCUGGAACCUUACCUUGGUAUCGAUAUUUGCAAUCCCAGUUGUGCUGGGAUCGAUCAUCAUCGAAUCUCACUACAUGGAAUCGAGUGGGUUGAAGGAAAAACAGUCGCUUGAGAGUGCCAUAAAAAUGGCGGUGGAAGCCAUUUCGAAUAUUCGCACCGUUGCUAGUUUGGGACAGGAGCCGCACGUGUUGGAGCGAUACCGCAAGGAGACUGAUAAUGUAGAUCAGGCUUGUAGGAAGAAGACUAGACUGCGAGGUGUGGUCUUCGCAUUGGGUCAAGUUAUGCCCUUCAGUGGUUAUGGACUGGCUUUGUACUACGGUGGAAAGUUGGUUUCCGAGGGUUCUUUGCACUACAAGGAUGUUAUAAAAGUUUCGGAAGCACUCAUAUUUGGAGCUUGGAUGUUGGGACAAGCAUUGGCCUACGCACCGAACGUGAACUCAGCUAUGCUUUCAGCCGGACGUUUGAUGAGACUACUGGACCGUAGUCCUAAAAUGCACAAUCCCUCCAGUUCCUACCAUUCACUAGAACAGGAACAUGAAGGAAACAUUAAGUUCUCGGACGUGGAAUUCCGAUAUCCGACUAGACCGAUGAUGCCCAUUUUACAGAAUCUCAAUCUCGACAUCCAGAAGGGAAAUACUGUUGCUCUGGUUGGUCCCUCUGGAUGUGGCAAAUCGACCUGCAUUCAGCUGUUACUCCGUUAUUACGAUCCAGAUGGUGGUAAAGUGAAAUUGGACGGCAUUCCAACAACGGACUUCCAGCUGAGCCGAAUUCGAUCCCAGAUAGGCCUAGUAUCUCAGGAGCCGGUCCUGUUCGAUCGAACGAUCGCUGAAAACAUUGCCUAUGGAGACAACACCCGGGACAUCGACAUGACGGAAAUCAUCGAGGCUGCUAAGAUGGCUAACAUCCACGAGUUCAUCAUCAACCUACCCAAGGGCUACGAUACCAGCUUGGGAACCAAGGGUGCUCAGCUUUCCGGAGGACAGAAACAACGAAUUGCCAUUGCCCGAGCACUGGUUCGUAACCCUCGAAUAUUGCUGCUAGAUGAGGCAACCUCAGCCCUAGAUAACCAAAGUGAAAAAAUUGUCCAGAAUGCUCUGGACCAUGCCCGAAAGGGACGCACUUGCAUCAUCAUUGCACAUCGCCUUACGACCAUCCAAAAUGCCGACGUUAUCUGUGUGAUCCAGAAUGGAGCCGUCGUUGAGAAGGGAACCCACGACGAACUGAUGACGCUGAACAGGAUCUACGCCAAGCUCUACACUAUGCAGCAGGUCGCUUAAAGUGCACUUAACGACGACAGAGAGAGCUCGAACAAAUCAUUCAGUAUUGAUUGUUAUUUUGUUAUCCCGUUUAUUGACGCAAUCAGAAGACUUCACGUGCCGUAAAGGGUGUAUGUUUUAAGUACAUCCUUAGAAAAAAACUAUAAACAUAGAACGCAUCAAUCUGGGGACCCGAUCCCAGGCCAGACGUUAAGCAAACCAGUUUAGCAGUGAUAUUAUAAAUGCCUCUUUAAUUUUAGCUUAGCUAAGCUUCUAAGGAAAUUUUUUAGAUCUUUCAAAUUCAUUAUAUACGAGAAGCAAAUUACAGCAAGUCGAAUUAAAAUCCCUUCAACAAACUUGAGCCCUGUUAUACAUGUUUGUAAAAACAGAGCAACGCACUGUAAUUUGAUAUCGCACAAUCAAUUUUAACCAAAAACAAAAUUCGUAUUUGAAAAAAAAUAACAAAAAGAGAGACAGAAACAUGAGAAAACGCAACCACAUGCCAUGUUUAGAUUGUGUAGUAAGAACUGGGCUCACCAUGCUCAACAGCAACGACGAAGUUACUCAGCUAUUUAGAAAUCAACGAAUCUUCACACACAAUCAAAUACCUGACGAAUUUCAAUUUCCUUGUUGUUAGAUUGUAUUCAUAUAGUUAUAUUAUUUAUAUAGGAAAUAAAGAUGUUUAUUAUAAAUUUAAA